AUGAACAUAGUUGGUCCUUUGCAGCCCAGUAAUGGUUUUACUUAUUGCCUUACAAUUAUAGACAGGUUUUCCCGCUGGCCAGAGGCGAUUCCAUUGAUAGAUAUUACGGCCAGGACAAUAGCCAGAGCCUUCUUUGAUAAUUGGGUCGCUCGUUUCGGUGCACCUAGUAUUUUAACGACCGAUCAGGGUCAACAGUUCGAGGCACAGCUCUUUGCAGCCCUUCUCAAGCUUAUCGGAUGCAGACGCAUUCGUACGACAGCUUACCACCCCGCCGCUAACGGCAUGAUCGAGCGUUGGCACCGCACCUUUAAGGCGGCGAUCAUGUGCCAUAACACGCCGAAUUGGGUGGAGGUCCUCCCGACAGUUUUGCUCGGGCUGCGCACCCAUGUGCGUAUGGACACUAAAGCCUCCCCGGCCGAAUUCCUAUACGGCAAGGUACUGCGGAUCCCGGGAGAAUUCUUCCUCCAGGAGGAUUUUACACCGGAUCCCCAAAUUUUUGUAGAUGACUUUCGACAGCACAUGCGUCAGGUGAAGCCAGUACCGGUGGCACACCACUAUAAGAAGCGCGUUUUCCGAUUCAAGGAAUUGUCUGUCUGUUCGCACGUCUUCCUCCGCAAGGACGCGGUUAAAAAGCCUUUAGAGCCACCGUAUUCAGGCCCUUUCAGGGUAAUUGAAAGGACGUCGGACAAAGUCUACUCGAUCGAGAUAAACGGUAGACCUACAGCCGUUUCGAUCGAGCGUCUUAAGCCUGCUCAUUUUGUACCGGACGACGCUCUAGCCCCUGGCAAUCCGUCUACGUCCGACGCUACAGACAAGCCUCCUGCUUCGUCAAGCGUUCAACCGGGUUCCUUGAAAACGUAUACGGGCCCGAAAAAAAAGGUACAAAUUAGGCUAGACAAAAACACCGUACGGUUAUCCCCUCGCUAG